AUGGGGUUCGGCGUGGUGUCCCUGCUCGACGCGGUGUUCCGACACGCGUUCACCUCCGCCGGCCUCCACCCAGGCUCCACCGUCGUCGACUUCGACGCCGACACCACCGUCCACUUCUGGGCCCACCGCUCGCUCCUGCUGCCACCACCGACUCCGAAUUCGACGACGACCGUGGAGAAGAAGCAGCCGGUGGUGGUCCUUGUCCAUGGCUUCGGGCCGGGCCCCACGUGGCAGUGGGCAGCGCAGGUGGGCCCGCUCUCCCGCCACUUCGACCUUGUGGUCCCCACCCUGCUCUUCUUCGGCGCGUCCCGCACGCGUGCCCCGACAUGCUCCGAGGCCUCCCAGGCCGCCACCGUCGCCGCGCUCCUCGUCGGGCAUGGGCACCAACACCUCCCGGGCCUCGGGGUCGGCCGCCCGGUGCACGUGGUGGGCGCCAGCUACGGCGGGAUAGUCGCCUACCACCUGGCCCGCGCGCUGCAGCACCAGCAGCGCGGCGGCCUCGAUGCCGGCGUGGCGCUAGGGAAGGUGGUGCUCUACGACUCCGACGUGACCAAGGGCCCCGAGGACGACCGCGCCCUGGCGGUGAGGGACGGCGUGGAGGAGGUGACGGAGCUGAUGGUGCCCGCGGACACCAAGAUGAUGCGGCGGCUGACGGCGCUCUCCUUCAACCGCCCGCCCAUGUACCUGCCCGAGUGCAUCGCCUGUGACCUCCUCCGGAAGUCCUUGGAGGGGCAGAGACAGGAGAAGAUUGAGCUCAUCAAAGGGAUGACCACCGCGGAAGGCUCCCAGCUUACUCCUCUGCCUCAGGAGAUGUUGAUCAUCUGGGGAGAGUUCGACCAGAUCUUUCCUCUGGAGAAAGCAUACAAAGUGAAAGAGAAGCUCGGGGAGAAGGCUACGGUGAAGGUGAUCCCCAACUCAGGGCACCUGCCGUCGCAGGAGGAACCCAAGCUCUUCAACCGCGUCCUCCUUGAGUUCUUGCUGCAGCCAUCCAUCUCCAACGGCAGCGCCACCACUGUAGCUGAGAAAUAG